AUGCCGGCACGGGGGCAGUUCACAGACCUGAACGCAGACGCGCGAGCGCUACCCUUGAGCUGGAGAAGUCUCGCAGAUAUCAAGAAACACGUGUUUACUCCGGGGUACGUUGUGGAGGAUAAUACUGGCCUCUUCGUCGGUGUGGCUGAGCCUGCAGGACGACCUGUCACUGCAGCCACCGUUGUGCUAUGCGACUUUUUCUCCGAACGCGUUCGUCGAAAGCGUAAUCGAGGAAUAGAAGCCCCUGUGCAAUGCGCGAGCCACAAUGAGAGCGCUGGCGGCACUCCAGGCAAGCCCCAAAGCAACAGCACAGUGCGGCCCAGCUGCUGUAGUAAGACCUUGCGUAGUGCGGUCUUGGCGGUGCUGCGCGCCGCUCAUGAAUCUAUCGGGAGCGCCGAGGCUGCCGGUCAUGGUGGUUGUAUUGUGUUGGUGCAUGUAACAGUAAUAAGAGAGGAUGUGAGCUGUUCACCAUCAUUCAAGACAGCUGGCCGCGCGCCUGUGUGCUAUGUGGACGGAGUGUGCGUUGCAGAAGACAUUUCCCGAGCGUAUCGAGCCGUGUGGACGAGCCCAUGCAUUUCAUCAGAGCUACCGACGCGCUCGACAACGGAUGACACCACCACCGCUGUUGCUGUCGCAUCGAAUACUUCUGGCUCUUCGCUUCGCCCAAUACCGGUGGAAAGGCAGCUGCAGGCGCAGCCGACUCACGUGGGCGACAGUUGCUGCACUGGCACUCUCUUUUGUGGGGUGCGGCUGAUGUGGGUAUCACCGUCGUCACGUGGACGUGGGAUAGCCUUUUCGAUGAUUGAACGGGCCCGGCAUGCCGUAUGCUACGGCUUUGUGGUGCCGGCAGAGCACGUCGCCUUUAGCGAGCCCACCGCGAUGGGCAGCGCCUUUGCUCGCCGGUACCAAGCUCGAGACGACUUCCUUGUGUAUUACUACUGA